AUGGACACAAAUAUAGGAAAUGUAAGCAGUACAUUGCCAACAUCAAAUGACAACCAGAAAACAACCGCACCAAAUGGUGCUAAUUAUGCGAGCACAACAAAUUCUGCAUCUUCGAUUCCGAAUUACGAUGUCAAAUAUAUUCUCUCGGGUCACACGAAAGCUGUCUCUUCAGUUAAAUUCAGUGCAGAUGGAUUUUUGCUUGCUAGCUCAAGUGCGGAUAAAACAAUAAAAAUAUGGAACACGCAAGAUGGUAAAAUCGAAAAGACUAUUACUGGUCAUAAGCUUGGAAUCUCAGAUAUUUGCUGGUCUUCUGAUCACAGACUGAUAACGUCAUGUUCAGAUGAUAAGACAUUGAAAAUAUGGGAUGUUAUGAAUAACAAAUGCCUUAAAACAUUAAAAGGUCAUAGCAAUUAUGUUUUCUGUUGCAAUUUUAACCCUCAGUCGUCUCUGGUUGUAUCAGGUUCAUUUGAUGAAAGUGUUCGAGUUUGGGAUGUAAAAACAGGUUCCUGCAUCAAAACCCUUCCUGCUCAUUCCGAUCCUGUUUCUGCAGUUUCUUUUAACAGGGAUGGAACUCUAAUAUGUUCGAGCAGUUAUGAUGGUCUCGUUCGAAUUUGGGAUACUGCAAACGGGCAGUGUGUUAAAACCCUUGUUGAUGACGAUAAUCCUCCUGUAUCGUUUGUUAAGUUCUCGCCAAACGGCAAGUAUAUACUAGCUGCCACCCUAGACAGUACACUAAAACUAUGGGAUUUCAACAAAGGGAAGUGUCUGAAAACCUACAGUGGACACAAGAAUGAAAAAUAUUGCAUCUUUGCAAAUUUUUCUGUUACUGGUGGUAAGUGGAUAGUCAGUGGUUCGGAGGAUAAUCGUGUCUAUAUAUGGAAUUUACAAACUAAAGAAAUCGUUCAAACACUUGAAGGGCAUUCAGACGUUGUACUUUGCACUGACUGUCAUCCCACACAAAAUAUUAUUGCCUCAGCAGCACUCGAAAACGAUCGAACAAUUCGCUUGUGGAAAUCUGACUUUUAA